AUGUCAGCACCAGUGCCAGUCUGGCUGGACUGCGAUCCAGGUCACGAUGAUGUCUUUGCCAUCUUGCUGGCAGCUUACCACCCGGGAAUCCGGCUACUGAAUAUCAGCACUGUACAUGGCAAUGCUUCGUUGGACAAGACUACCAACAAUGCACUUUCGGUGCUCAAGGCCAUUGGCAAGCACGAGGAGGUGACGGUCUACCCAGGAUAUGCACAAGCUCUCGAGCGACCGUCGAUCCUUGCGCCCACGGAGAUCCAUGGCGAGUCGGGCCUGGACGGAACGGACCUUCUGCCCAAGCCAGCGACGCAGGCAGACCGGUCGGUGAGCGCCGUGGACGCCAUGGCCGCAGCACUCCGGGCCACGGAACCCGGCACGGCGUGGCUGGUGGCGACGGGCGGGCUGACCAAUGCCGGGGCUCUGUUCCUCAAGUACCCAGAGCUCGCGGGCCACAUCAAGGGCCUCAGCAUCAUGGGCGGCAGCGUCGGCGGCGGGUUCACGGCCGCGCCGCUGGGCAAGGUCGACGGCGUCGAGCGCAUUGGCAAUUACACCAAGUGGGCCGAGUUCAACGUCCUCAUUGACCCCGAGGCGGCGGCCAGCCUCUUUGACAAUGAGGUGCUCAAGGGCAAGACCACGCUCGUUGCGCUCGACCUGACCCACCUCGUGCUGGCCACGAAAGAGGUGCAGGAGCAGAUCUUGUACGGACCAAACUACCAGGGAGAAAAGACCGGAAAGGGCAAGACGGAGUUGAGAACCAUGUUGGUUGAGCUACUGAACUUCUUUGCUGCGACUUAUAGAGAUACCUUUGGUAUCGUAGAGGGCCCUCCACUACACGACCCACUGGCCGUGGCCGCAGUCCUUACCGGCACCGCCCAUGAGAUCCCCUUUUACGACUUUGACCCCACGGGCGAGGAGAAGCGUCCAGAGCGUUUCGACGUGAAGGUGGUCACCGAGGGGUCGAUACAGGAUGCGCUGCAGCACGGGCACCUGGAGACGGGACGCACGCUGGUCACGCCGCUGCCGCCAGGAACGCCUGGCGUGCGCAUUCCCCGCGGCCUGGACAUGGCGCUGUUCUGGAAGGUCAUUGAGGAGUGCUGCCAGAGGGCAGAUGAAACCAACUCCAAGGCAGCAGCAGCAGCAGCAGCUACCGCCGUUUAA